AUGGGAGGCCUACAGUUAGAUUGUCCCCUAUGUUGCGAUAAAUCUUUCGACUCUAAAGAUGCAUUGCUUGAGCAUUUAGUUGAUGUUACCAAUAAUUUAUUUUGUCCUAUUUGCAAUAGCAAAUGGUCAUCAUUGGAAGGUCUUACUGAACACUUGACUGUUAAUGAUUGUCAGUCUGAACAAAAUGAUGGUAUACAAAAUAUUGUUAUAUAUGAGCAAAGUAUGGAUAAUAUUGAUAAUUCAGAAGAUAUAAAAGAUUCUGAUGUAAAGACUCUUUCUCCUGAACUAAGUUCACCAGAUACUCAAUAUAUAACAGAUGAAACAUAUGAAAGCCAAGAUGAAACAGGUGAAGUCAACAAAAUGUAUGUUGAGCUGCUAGGUAAACAAUUAUCUAAGCCUGUACUUCAAACUCAAGAGCUUAAAUUAAUAAAAGAAGAUGGGGAAAAUCAUUACAUGAUUGUAACUCAAGAUGAUGACGAGUUGACUGAGGACAGUGCAAUUGUUACUAAACAGAACAACGAUGGCACCAUAUCUUUGACUACAGUUAAGGAUAUAAAGCUGGAUCCAGACACACUGAUAGUUCCAGAACCUGACCUGACAGAAGAUAAACAGAAAGAGAUAUAUAGUUGCAAUACAUGUAAAGUAUCUUUCACAUCAGUGCUUGACCAUAUACAGAAUUAUCACAAUGAUCAGGAGGUGGUUCUUGAGGAAGGUGAUGAAGACAUAACAUUAGGUGAUAAGCAGACAGCAAGGCGUGUGAUUACAGACACUGGGGACAUUGUUGAAGAGCCAAUGAUUUUUAAAUCUGAUGAUACUGAGAUACAACAGGACACCAUUGAUGCUAUUAUAAAACAUCCUAAAUUAGUAUUGGACAAACAGGGCCGUGCCUACACUAGACGCUUUGUACAAAUUGAUAAAGUACCUGAAACUGUCUCUGAAGAGGCACCUCCAACUGUACCUGAGAAAACUGAUUAUCAUCAAGUGGUCACAAAACAGCUGCAAAUGAAAACGGGUCUUACGGUGAAGAUGUACAACUGCAUGUCUUGUAACAUCACUGUCUCUGAUUUAAAUGAGUUCAAAGAUCAUCCUUGUAAAAUAACGAAGUACCCAUGUCCUAAAUGUCCAGCAGGAUAUGAAAACGCGAGGUCCUUGUGUGCACAUAUGAAAGUGCACAAGGAGAAUCCAGGUACAUCGGAUGGCAGUCCUGCAGUGGUCUUACAUUUUGUAUGUGAAGUGUGCUCUACUGUAUUUAAAACGAACAAAUCUUUGAAACUACACAAAAGGAUGCAUGAUCCCAUCAAAUCGCGUCCCAUUCAGCCUCCUGUGAAUCAUCGCGGUAACAAAGACGUGUCUGGACAUGUAUACCACUGUAACAUUUGCGAUAAAGUGAUCCCGUAUGACUAUCGCGCCGUACACGAGAACUCGCACAAGUCGAACAACAAGAUGAACUGUGGUGUAUGCAAUAAGAAAUUCACCUCCAUGGAGUUUCUGGAGAUGCAUAUGAAUAUACAUAAUUUAGAUAAAGUACCAAUGAAUAAACAAGAUAAAACACUUCCCUAUAAAUGUUUAUUUUGCAAUAGAAGAUUUGCUAGACCACACGAGAAAGUUAAACACGAAAGAAUUCAUACCGGCGAGAAGCCGCACUCGUGCGAGAUCUGCGGCAAGUCGUUCCGCGUGCUGUACUGCCUCACGCUGCACAUGCGCACGCACACCGGCGCGCGCCCAUACGAGUGCGCGCACUGCGGGAAGAGGUUCAAAGCUCACAGCGUGUACAGCCACCACCUGCUGACGCACUCGGACGUGCGCGCGUACAAGUGCCCGUACUGCCCCAAAGCCUUCAAGACCUCCGUGCAGCUCGCCGGACACAAGAACUCCCACACCAAACCCUUCUCUUGUCAACAUUGCAACAGGCCGUUUGCAUCUCUAUAUGCUGUUCGCAUACACACUGAAACGCACAACCGCCAAAACAACCUUAAAUUUUCAUGUACAAUGUGUGGAGCGAGCUAUGCCCGCGCCUUUGCACUCAAAGAUCACAUGAAACAAGUGCACAAGAAGGACUUGGAUAGUGUGGACAACUUAGUCGAGAAUAGUACAGAGGAAACGGAAGAUUGGAUGACGAGAGACACCACAACUGAGCCGGAAGGGAUGCAAUCGCUCAACAAGGAAUUACAAGAAACUAUUACCGACUUAGAAAUGAGUGCCAACGAACUAAUAAUUCCAUAA